AGACCAGUCUAGUACCCGCACUCUUUUACUAUGAAGCCAUGUUGAUGUAAUACGUGGCUUGGCAUUGUCUUGCUGAAAUAAGCAGGGGUGUCCAUGGUAACGUUGCUUUGGAUGGCAACAUAUGUUGCUCCAAAACCUGUAUGUACCUUUCAGCAUUAAUGGCGCCUUCACAGAUGUGUAAGUUACCCAUGUCUUGGGCACUAAUACACCCCCAUACCAUCACAGAUGCUGACUUUUGAACUUUGCGCCAUAACAAUCCGGAUGGUUCUUUUCCUCUUUGGUCCGGAGGACACAAUGUCCACAGUUUCCAAAAACAAUUUGAAAUGUGGAUUCAUCAGACCACGGAACACUUUUCCACUUUGUAUCAGUCCAUCUUAGAUGAGCUCAGGCCCAGCGAAGCCGACAGCGUUUCUGGGUGUUGUUGAUCAACGGUGUUUGCCUUGCAUAGGAGAGUUUUAACUUGCACUUACAGAUGUAGCGACCAACUGUAGUUACUGACAGUGGGUUUCUGAAGUGUUCCUGAGCCCAUGUGGUGAUAUCCUUUACACACUGAUGUCGCUUGUUGAUUCAGUACAGCCUGAGGGAUCGAAGGUCACGGGCUUAUCUGCUUACGUGCAGUGAUUUAUCCAGAUUCUCUGAACCCUUUGAUGAUAUUACGGACCGUAGAUAGUGAAAUCCCUAAAUUCCUUGCAAUAGCUGGUUGAGAAAAGUUUUUCUUAAAUUGUUCAACAAUUUGCUCACGCAUUUGUUGACAAAGUGGUGACACUCGCCCCAUCCUUGUUUGUGAAUGACUGUGCAUUUCAUGGGAUCUACUUUUAUACCCAAUCAUGGCACCCACCUGUUCCCAAUUUGCCUGUUCACCUGUGGGAUGUUCCAAAUAAGUGUUUGAUGAGCAUUCCUCAACUUUAUCAGUAUUUAUUGCCACCUUUCCCAACUUCUUUGUCACGUGUUGCUGGCAUCAAAUUCUAAAGUUAAUGAUUAUUUGCCCAAAAAAAAAAGUUUAUCAGUUUGAACAUCAAAUAUGUUGUCUUUGUAGCAUAUUCAACUGAAUAUGGGUCGAAAAUGAUUUGCAAAUCAUUGUAUUCCGUUUAUAUUUACAUCUAACACAACUUCCCAACUCAUUUGAAAACGGGGUUUCUAUAUGUUAUAGUUAUUUGUAUGACUCUUACCAUAAUAUGUUACGUUAACAUACCAGGCACGUUCUCAGUUGGUUAUUUAUGCAUCAUGUAACGUACACUUAUUCAGCUUGUUGUUCACUAUUCUUUAUUUAUUUUAAAUUGCCUUUCAAAUGUCUAUUCUUGGUAUUGGGUUUUAUCAAAUAAAUUUCCCCCAAAAAUGCGACUUAUACUCCAGUGCAACUUAUAUAUGUUUUUUUCCUUCUUUAUUAUGCAUUUUCGGCCGGUGCGGCUUAUACUCCGGAGCGACUUAUACUCCGAAAAAUGCGGUACGUACUCGCUAAAUAUAAAUAAUUUAAAGAUAGGAGGGCCAAGUAUCUGGAAAAUGACGAUCAUUGUCGUCCUCCCCAGUAUUUAGGGCUCAAAAGGUUUUUAAUAACUCAAUAUUCUAAAUCAAAAUAUAACAUGGACAGUUUUGAUUUUAAUUAGUUUUGAUAUUAUUUAUAAUUAGUCAAUGUUUUCACAAUUACAUAUUAGUCAAUAAAUUAUUUCACUGAAACUCUCCUGUUUGCUUUUGUUAUCUACUCAUAUUUAUUAUUUUAAGUGAAUUAAAAACAUCCAGCAUUAAUUGUGCGCCUCAAAAGUAUUAUUUUAGGUAUUCCCUCCUCCUUCCCCAUACGAUGACAGCUCUGCACUGAGUGUUCUGGAGAAGGGAGGUGUGGAGCUAUGAGUGUACGGGGUGCUAAGGUCAAGCCUGUGGCCUAAAAAGGCAGCAGUGGCAAGCAGCGGCUCUAAGAAUAACUCAGAUGAUGCACGUCACAAACACUGUGAAAAUGGUCGUGGAUUGGGUUGUUUUUUAUCAACCAAACAACAUUCAGUGUCUACAUGAGAGUUUCAAUGACUUUGAUUUAGAAGUGCAGUCAAGCUGCAGUUGUCACCAUGUGACGUUGUCAUAGUAGCUGCUGGGACGAGGCGACGUCUCACUUGCCCCUCCCAAAAUCUAAUUUUGUUGUACUGAGAGGGGGCUGGGUUCAGUCUGAGGCAGCCCCAAAGGGCAAAUACACCCUCAUCCCGGUCUCCGUCUGUGCCACCAGCCCCUGGACCACCUUGCUCCAGCUUGCAACCAUCAGGUUGUGUUGUCUCGCGGGGGAAGGGGUGAAGAAUGCCAAAUUUUGGAGGCAAAGAGUGAAACACACACUUUGGAUUAAACGCUGGGAUUAAAUCUCACACAGGAGGGAACUUUUAAUGACGACUUUUAGCUGAGAGCAAUGACUGAAGCAGAAGCGAGGUCGUCCUCCACAACCACAACCAUGGUUAUUGACGGUAAGAACGGAGACGCCGGAACUCCGUCCGUCCACCUGUCCAAGAAGACAUUCACCGAUGACUUGUACUCAACAUUCAGCUCGCCACUGGCCUGGAUCCUGGUCCUGGCCCUCAUCAUCACGUGGUCGUGUGUCUUUGUCAUCAUGUUUGACCUGACUGACUACAAAACCAUCUCAGGUGGCCUCCGCAGGAUCGGCUCUGACCCCAUAAAGGCCGUCAACGACGUGGUGGAGAAGUCCACCAACUUGGUCAGCGCAGUAUUGAAGUUUGCUGCCAGCCUUGUUGCCCCUGAGGAUGACGAUGGAAAUCUUUACGCCGUGAGGAAAAAAGAGUCAACUUGGUUGGAGGAGGAGGAAGAGCAAGUGGAGAGGAAGCUUAAGAGAAAAAAAGGAGAGUUUCUACCGUCACGAAGUAAAGUUAUUGGCAUGCAAGUGAAGAAGUCGCGGCCAGCGAUUGAGGUGGUCCACGAAGACGAUGAGGGAGAAAAUGAGGAGGCUCCUGGGCAGGAGGAAGAAGAAGAUGCCCAGGAAGAUGAAGAGGACCUUGAGGAGGAUGAGGAGGAGUCGGCAGAGGAACUAGAGGAGGAUGAGGGGUACGAGGUGGAGGAGGAAGACUACGAAGAGUAUGAGGAGGAGGAGGAAGAAGAUGAAGGAGCUGGUGUGGAGGAACAGGAGAAGGUGGAAGCUGCAAAAGAAGAAGAUGUUGACGAUGACGAAGAGGAGGACAGGGGAGGUAAAGAAGAUGACGAGGUUGGUGAGGAAGAAGAGGAGAUGAUGGAGGAUGAGGAGGAGGAAGCUGCAGUAGACGUAAGAGUUGAAGAAGAAGAAAAGGAGGGGCUAGAGGUGGUGGAGGAGGAAGAAGAUGAGGAGGAAGAGGAGGGAGUUGAAGCAGCUGUAGAUGAUAGUAAAGUGGAGGAGGAGGAGUUGGAAGAUGGCAGAGAAAAAGAUGAGGCUCACCAAGAUGAAGAUGCGUCAGCCAAAGACAGUGGUGAUGAGGAGGGAGCAGACACUAUUGAUGAAGAUGACAAAGAAGAAGCAGCUGAGCAGCAUGAAGAAGACUUUCCCUCCUUUGAAGAGGAAGAGUCAGCCGUUCCUCUAGAGGAUGAGGAUGCUGAUGAAGAUGUGUCUGCCAAGGAGGAUGAUGAUGAAGACAAGUCUUCUUUCACUGACAUCUCACAGUCUGUGCUUCUCCCUAGCGACGAAGAGGAUAGCGAUGAAAUCACUGUAGGAGAGGAGCCCUACCUUCAUUCUACUGAUGAUGACAACGAUGGUGAUGAUGAGGAGCUCCUUCACAAAGUUUUGGAAGAUGACAUUAAAGCUGGUGAGGAUGAUGAAGAUGUCCUUUCUGACGCAACUCAUGAAGAGAAAGAGGAAGAUUUUGAUGUGUUGGCCAGUCUUCUUAUUGACGUCAAUGACCUCGACAACAAAAAUGACGAUGAUGAUGAUGAUGAUGAGGAGGAGGAUAAUAGCCUUCCUCCCUUUGAGAGCAGUGACACCUUGGCUGAUGACAAUGACGAUGAUGAGGAAGAGGAGGAAAGUAUUCUUCCUCCCUUUGAGAACAGUGACACCUUGGCUGAUGACGAUGAUGAGGAGGAGAAGGAAAGUGAACUAGAGGUCAUGCCGUCAUUGGACAGUGAUGAAGGUCACCUUGAAGAUGACAUCACACCAGAGUCUCAUCAAGAGGAAGAGGAUGAUGAUGGUGAAGAGGACUUGCUGUCAGUUGGUGUCCAGCAUGUUGCUGUUCAUGUGGAUGAUGACUCCAUAGUGGAGCACCUCCCACUGGAAGAUGAAGAUGAAAAACAAGAGGAAAAAGCCAAGGCAGGCAAAUCAGAGGAUGAAGCACCUGCAGUGUGUCCGUGCAUGAGUGCUACUGCUACAAAGACCAAAAUGUCUGCUGCCAAGACCUCGGAGAAGAAAGAAGUUUCCAGGAGGAUCUCUGCUGUAAAAAGAAAAGACCAUAAAGCAGUGAGGAGCACAGGACGAUCAGAUGACAAACCAAGGAGAACUGCUCUUCCCAGAAUUGCGAGUUUGGAGCCAAAAAUGAGACGGAUCAGGAGAGUUCCGGCUCUUCUUAAAGUCAAAAGAGAAGAAAAGCCCAAGAAGACCAAAGCAGAGCAACCUAAUGAGAAGCAACGUCCAAAACCAGCAGAGGUUCCAGAACCACAACAAGAUGUUGGUCCUUGCAGACUAGCACCAGUCUACUGGCCAUCUCCUCCUGGCUGGUAUGUUCAUCAGAUUGUCACAGACAACCCGUACCCGCCUCCAACUGGAUCAGGGUCUGCUGCGCCGGUUCUAACCGCGAUGCAUCCCGCUGCCCCGCCCAUGCAGCCGCUUUAUCACCACCAACCAAUGAUGGCGCCGUUUUACAACCAGUAUCAGCCCUAUCUUCAGCCUGUACCACCUGCCAUGCAGCAGACACCAGAACCAGUGCAUCCGGUCCAACAAGCUGAGCCAGUACAACAAUUGCAGCCAGUCCAGACAUCAGAACCUGUGCAACAAGCGGAACCAAUGAUGUCAGUCCAACCAUCAGAGCCAGUGCAAUCAGUCCAACAAGUUGAACCAGUAAAGCCAGUCCAACCAUCAGAACCUGUGCAGCCAGUCCAACAAGUUGAACCAGUAAAGCCACUCCAACCAUCAGAACCUGUGCAGCUAGUCCAACAAGUUGAACCAGUAAAGCCAGUCCAACCAUCAGAACCUGUGCAGCCAGUCCAACCCGUUGAACUGGUUCAACCAGUAGCCACAGAACAAGCCCUGCCCACUCAGCCUCACGUUCAGACUCCGACCACUGAAGCUCCGCCUGCUGUGGUGAAAGAACCUGAAACAGAACCAGAAGCAGACAAGGUCCAAGAAGACACGGCAAAGAAAGCUGCUAAGAAGAAGAAGAGGAUAAGGACCACUGAUGCGAUUGAAGAUAGUACUCUUACCAAAGACAAAGCCGCAACUAUAAAGAAAGCUCCAAAGGUGUCAAAUAGAGAAGCGACAAGUACGCGACCCGUGAGAAGCUGUGCCUCCUCAAAACCGGAUGUUGCCAAGAGCAGAGUCAGGUCCUCUACUAGCAAAAAAGCUCCAGAAGCACUACCACGCCUGCAUUCUACCAAACUGAGGACCAGACUGGACCCUGACAGGACUGGCAAUGUGACCAUGCAGGUCAAAAAGGACAAACUUGCCAAAUCUUCAUCGUCAGAACCAGCCAAGACCAGAACAACAUUAUUGGCAGGCAAAAAAAAUAAAGGAGAGAAGCAGCCUCCACAAGCAAAAAAGUCAAAGACAGAAGAUGAACCUACAAAGAAGAAAUCAGGUCAACGAUACUUCCAGUGUAUUUACGUCCCCGGCAAAAACGCACAGUAUCCCCUGCGACCUUUUACUCCGGCCAUGUCCCCCGCUGUCAUCAGGUCCAUGCUGGAGCAGCAGAAAGCCGCCAGGACGUCAGGACAGUAACUUGGACGCCCCUUAAAGAUAAGGUGGGGGAAGUUGGGGUUGUAGAAAGGACUUGUUUACACUCAGACCAACAACAAGUGGACAGAACUGCGAGCCUAUUUAUGUAUUGUUUAAGUAACCAUCAUGGUCGCCAUUGGCAUUAACAGCAUUAACGGCUACACUUCAACAUACCAAAAGAACAUUAAAGGGGCUGUUUGUAACAUUUACACAGAUGCCCUAGAGGGCGCUAACUUUCCAAUGUAUUUUACACAGUGUAUCCCACCCUCUUCCGGCUCCUCGUACGUAAUGACAUAACGUCGUAUGUAUGUAACACAUGUGCGCACAUUAGCAUGAUGUGUUGUUAGCUAAUAAUAGCGAUUGUAUAUUCUAUCAUAAUCAUAAUCAGAAUGAGAAUGAGAAAUUUUAAUAAUCCUAUAGGGGAAAUAAAGAUUUUUCAGCACAAUCCCAUUCAAGAGCAGACAAACAUUACAGGGAGACAGAACAGGAUCGUUGACGCGUCUGCCAACAUCCGGCACCGCUUACAAAAAAGGUGAGAAACAGUUAUACGCUGGGGGAUGGGUGAGAGAAAAAAAUUCAGUCUAAGCCUGGGCCCCUGGACAGGGGGUCCAGACUGAGGCCAAGGAGAAAAAAACUACAAAAAAAACUCAUAGCCAUAGCACACAUAAGCAUGUGUGUAAGACGGAAACAUGUAACUUCAAAGAACACAAAGGACAUUAAAGACAUAAAAAGAGCAGAACUGAUGCAACCAGCCACUUCUACACACAGCCACAAAAGUAAAACAAAAAAAUUAUUAAAAAAAUAACACAUAUAAACUGUGGUGGCCUCUGUGGUGUUCCACGCCAUCGUCUGCUGGGGUGGGGGGAGAAUGGCCAGAGACAGGAGCAGACCCAACAAAGCAACCAAGAGAGCCGACUCCACCCUCAGCCGCCCAUCAACUCUCAGCCAGUGUCCAGUCCGCAUGGACAUAACAUGACUGCAAAUUGUUUGUUGCUUCUCUUGGACUGCUUUUGUAUGUAAGUGUUGAUGAGACAGGGUGAGUGACCGUCGUAAACACCAAUCACUUUAAUCGGGCCGGUAAAAAAUGUUACUACACAAACUUAGUACCGUAUUUUUCGGAGUAUAAGUCGCACCGGCCGAAAAUGCAUAAUAAAGAAGAAAAAAAACAUACAUAACUCUCACUGAGUAUAAGUCGCAUUUUUUGGGGAAAUGUAUUUGAUAAAACCCAACACCAUGAAUAGACAUUUGAAAGGCAAUUUAAAAUAAAUAAAGAAUAGUGAACAACAGGCUGAAUAAGUGUACGUUAUAUGACGCAUAAAUAACCAACUGAGAACGUGCCUGGUUUGUUAACGUAACAUAUUAUGGUAAGAGUCAUUCAAAUAACUAUAACAUAUAGAACAUGCUAUACGUUUACCAAACAAUCUGUCACUCCUAAUCGCUAAAUCCGAUGAAAUCUUAUACGUCUAGUCUCUUACGUGAAUGAGCUAAAUAAUAUUAUUUGAUAUUUUACGGUAAUGUGAUAAUAAUUUCACACAUAAGUCGCUCCUGAGUAUAAGUCGCACCCCCGGCCAAACUAUGAAAAAAACUGCGACUUAUAGUCCGAAAAAUACGGUAAUUGUGAAAAAUAUAUUUCCGUUUGAACACAAUCAUGCACUGUUAAACCACUAAUGGUAACACAAGCUAGCCAAUGGUGUGUCUGUUAUAUGUUUUGCUUUCACAUUUUUUACAGUGAGCAAGUUGCACACAGCCCCUUUAAGUACACUUAAACAUGUUUAGGGCAUAAAUAAUUCUACAAUCAGAUCUAUGAUGCUAGCUUACCAACAUAGUGUCAACAUUUCCCUUUUAAAACAUGUUUUGAUACAAGAAAAAUGGACGCUCUACCCUUUUUACCGCCUGAUGUGCUCCAACACCACGCACGCAGACAACAGACUUGACGAUUCAUCAUAACAACGGAAAUAGCAACAACCAUUUCCUGGUCAUGUGACAUAUUUGCACCACUUGUUGCUAGGCAGGAUUCAUGGGGCACAACUAUCUAAUUCAACAGGCAGAUGCAUGCAGUCACUACGCUGUUUCCUUAGGAACAUGGCGCAGAAUGGCUCUUGUGCACAAUACGGAGCAGAGAAAGGACAAGGAGAGGUGGCAGGAACCUACUCCAAAUCUAACACUAUGAGGACACUCGGCGAUUAAUUGAGGCACGCCCAGCUGCAGUGUUAGCAUAAGCAUUAAUUUUGACCUUAACGAUUAUGUGACCAACUGGUGAGACGACGUGAUGCCUACCCACGUCGUGCUUACUAGCUACGGCAUAAGCACGCCGGUUGAUGAUCACGCUUUACCUCACUUUGGCGUCUACAUGGAGUCAACACAGUGGCCAUGUUGGCGCUACACGGCUAGCGUUCAGUAUCGCAACGCAGUGUUUGCCAUGGAUCCAUGUCUUAUUUGGUGAAAACGUUCAAAGGAAGCAAGACGGUUUAAAUCUUUUGAUGACCUCAGUGUGUUUACUUAGCACUGGUCGCAUCUGUUGCUAUGGUGACAUGAGGUCAUAUAUCAACUUUCCAAGUCUUAAGGUGUGCAUGGACUUGAUGAUGAGGAUGCAGGUUUAACACAGGUGCACGUUCAUAUUUUGACAUAUUUCCUCUUUGACUUGACAGAUUAGCGGUUAGCGUGUAAGCUAACUACCUGACUGUGAUUGACAUCCAAACGCGGGACAGAGAGUCCGCUAAAUGAAAGAAGAACAUUUUUUGUGUUCUAUUUGUCAUAAUUGUAGCAAGGACACUUUUAGAUUUUUAAUUGUGUUCCUGUUCGGAUCUUUAAAUCAUUUUUGGAAUGCUAUUUUAGAUUAGCAUGUUGCUAUCUAGCACAAGUUUAGCAGGGUUUUUACUGUGCUGCUUCAUGUGUUUUGGGGGUCACAAAAAGUUCACUUUUGUGUGAAUUUUAUGAUGAAUUUUACAUGAUUUUUAGUGUGAAUCUUUGGCCUGAGGUCUUGCUUUCCUUUCAUUUGUCCUUCUAAUGAGAAUAAUACUUUAAUAAUAAUAAUGUAAUGAUAAUGAUGG